AUGACUGUGGUGAAAAUGUCUACCACUGGCACCAGAGAAGUCUGUCGCCAGGCCCCGGUGGAACUCGACUUCGUCAUCGACUCGUCAAGCAGCAUCUGGAGCGUGAACUUCACGAUCGGUCUGGCGUUCAUCCGAGACUUCAUCGACGACAUGGACAUCGCGCAGGACAAGAUCCGCAUCGGCGCCGUCACGUACGCGGAGAAGGUGUACGAGGAAGACUCGGUGGCCUUGGACCAGUUGUCGGACAAAAGCGCGGUUCUGGAGGCCGUGACGUCAUUACGGUACCGGGCCGGCUGGUACACCGAGACGGGGAUGGCUAUCAGAUACAUGAGGACUCAGCACAUGAGCCAGGCGCGCCAGGGAGUUCCAAAGAUUAGCAUAGUUCUCACAGAUGGACAGUCUCAGAAGCAGGAUGUGACGUCACAGGAAGCGGCUCUCGCACGGGAUGCUGGGAUCAUUAUGUUCGCUGUUGGAGUGGGUAACAACGUGUCUCGGGAAGAGCUGAUCAGUAUUGCCGGCAAGGAGGAUAACGCGUUCACUGUCGCCAACUACAGCGCCUUGCAGUCCAUCAGGGACCUGCUCGAAUACAGGACGUGUGUGGAAAGAAUGAUACCUAUACCACCAUGUGGUGAGAGUCAUCCAGCUGACAUAAUCUUCGUCUUCGAUUUGAAUGAACUCAAACAAAACAAAAUGGCGGUGCACAUGUUCAUCACGGAAGUCAUCAGCGCAGACCGGAUGCAGCUCGGCAUGCAGAUCGGAGUUAUUGCAGGGUUAUGUCCCAUUGAUGCUGGAUUUCCCCUCAAUCAAUACACCAAACCCAUCGAUGCCGUCGGCUCUCUGGCUAAAUUCUUUUCUGGAAGUAUGUCCGAACUUGUCAGACAGUUAAGAAAUUCGUGGUUUUUGCCAACUAAAGGCGGACGACCCGGCGUUGCUAAACGAGCGAUUAUUUUCAUAGACAACUCGGUUGACAUCGCUGUCGUACACCAACAAAUACAGCUUGGUCGAUCAGAUGGCAUUCUUUUCCAUGUCGUACCUUUAGAUGUCCCUCAGGCAUCUCUGGACGUCAUUUCCGAUGACGUCACUGUCAUAAUGGGAGAGACAAUGGAAGAAUCUGCUGCUAGUUUUGUUGAUGAUUUGUGUUCGAGCACUGAAUAAAGAAUUAUUCAAAUACUG